AUGGCUGCAGCACAUAACUCGACGCCGGAGACCCUCACGGCACCCCUCAUGGCAGGCGAACGGUCUUCUCCUUCUCCUUCGCCUUCGCCUUCUCCCUCGUUGGGUUCGGUUCACCCGCCGUGGAGUCGACCGCAUACCGGUUUAGGCAGAGACAGGAGACGGAGCUCUCUAUUUGGCAUGCCUUCCGCUACGUCAGAUCCAACAGGCUUCCGUGAUAGGGCGAUCGACCGGAUUGGACGAUCAUACCAGCGGGUAUCGGAAACAUUUGGAAAGAUGACCAUACUACAGAAGAUAGGGACUGUAUUUGCUGGCCUUGGUGUGAUUGCCCUUGGGUUAGGAUUCAUGGCCGUUACGGGUCAGAUAUUCGCAUGGUUGGGCCCUGUUGCGAAAGAUUGGGAGAAUGCACCCCUGGCCUACUUUAUAUUGUGGCUUUGUACAUUCUUGAUGUCCUUUCCUCCAAUGGUGGGGUGGUCGACGGUUGGAACAGUGUCCGGCUUCAUAUUCGGUGUAUGGAAGGGGUACGUAUAUGCUCGUUUUACUGCUAUUUUCCGAGGACAGUUCGUUGAUCUAACACUGUUAUUGUUAUUACUUAAUAGAUGGGCGAUAUAUGCAUCUGCCACCGUUAUUGGGUCAACAUGCUCGUUUUAUGUCUCGCGUACCGUCUUGUCCAAGUUUGUACAAAGACUUAUGAAGCAUGACAAACGAUUCGCUGCUUUGUCGUUGACCCUUAAGUAUGAUGGCUUAAAGCUAUUAUGCAUGAUUCGUUUAUGUCCCUUGCCGUACUCACUAUGCAACGGUGCAGUCUCGACUUUCCCAACCGUGAGUCCGCUCAUGUACGGCCUUGCAACGGCCAUCAUCUCACCAAAGUUUCUUGUCCCGACCUUUAUCGGAAGCAGGCUCAGAAUAUUGUCCGAGGAUGGGGGAGAAAUGAGUGCCGGCUCCAAGGCAGUCAACAUUAUUAGUAUUCUUGUGAGCGUUGCAGCCGGUGUCUUCACAGGCUGGUACAUCUACAAACGCACUCUUGCCCGUGCUAAACAGCUUGAGGCUGAGGAGCGCGCCAACCUCCGUGGUCCAACCCCCAAUAAUCGACCAACGACUGCUUCGCCAGGUGGGUUUGCCGAUGAUCCAAAUUCUAGCUCCCUCGCAAGAGAUGAAGAAGAGGCAGUUGGUUUCGACGAUGCUGUAGCCAUCGACAUUGAUGAUGAUAAUGUUGCACUCGAUCCAAGUUAUCACGACUUUACGGACAACGAGUCGGAUAUCUUUGCUGAUGGAGACGGGGAUGAUAAAGACGAGACGUAUAAGCUGCACCGCCAUGUGGACCCGAGAUAG